AUGACUAGCGAGCUAACUCUGAUACAAGACUUCAGCUUAGACAGCGCUUUGACAGCCUGUGUCUCUGUUAAUCCUCUUGUCCCCGGACGAGGCUGGUGGAGAUGUGUCAGCGGUCAAUUGUUCAGUCUGAACACAUUCCAAAGAGGAAAACGCGCCCCCGCGCUGGAAAGGGACACACUCAUAGGACAGUUAGUCAGCGAGGACGGGCGGCCACCUCUUCCCCUUUGGAGCCAGGCGCGGUAGCCGAGCUCUUCCCGCUCAAUAGUUGUCCAGCCGGGGGAGGCUGCGUCACUGCUACGCGCAGCGAGAGGCGGAGCCUCGCCGGGCCUUCCGUCACUCGCCUGCGACUGCGCCUGCGCGGAUCGUCAUGCUGUCAACGAGGUGUGUGGGUCUGGUCCUACUACCGCUGCGGCUCCUCCAGAGGUUUCCAGGAUUCAGGACCUGUCUCUUCCUGCGCCGCCUUGGGCGAGAGUCCUUCGAGAGAGGCCGGUUACUGUGUUUUAAGGCCUCACCUAGAGACACGGGAAAUGAAGAAGGAGAGCGCGAGGCGGCACAGAGGAAAGCCCCAGGCGCAGACUCGCCUCCAUCUGUCCCUUCCCGCGUCCGGGGACUUGGGACCAGAUGUCUGUCGUCGCUGGAAAGCCUCGGACUCCCGACUCCGCGAGAGGAGUCACCCCCUCAAGAGAGCGAGGUCUCGAGUGGAGACCAGGGCCAGUCGGAUCCUGCACACCCGGGAUCCGGGAGUCCCUCAGUGCCCGCCUUGGUCCAGCCUGCCACCAAGGACGAAAUCCUUCACGUCUCCUCUUCCUGGUCCGCUUCCAGAGUGGUGCCUUUUCGGGUUGGGGAGCUGAUUUUAGCUGAGACUGGGAAAAGAGAAACACAAUUUAAAAAAUUAUUUAGGUUGAGCAACGCCGGACACUUAAAUAGUAAUUGGGGGACAGUCCCGUUCAGCGAGAUCGUGGGGAAGUUCCCCGGCCAGAUUCUGAGGAGUUCCUCUGGUAAGCACUUCAUGCUGAGGAGGCCGGCAUUGGAGGAUUAUGUGUUACUGAUGCAAAGAGGGCCUGCCAUAACGUAUCCUAAGGAUAUAAAUAUGAUACUAUCGAUGAUGAAUAUCCACCCAGGUGAUACUGUUUUGGAAGCUGGCUCGGGCUCUGGUGGAAUGAGCUUAUUUUUAUCCAAAGCAGUUGGAUCACAAGGACGAGUCAUAAGUUUCGAAAUUCGAAAGGACCACCACAAACUGGCUAUGAAGAAUUAUAGACACUGGCGUGAUUCAUGGAAAAUAAGUCAUGUAGAAGAGUGGCCAGACAAUGUAGAUUUUAUUCAUAAGGAUAUUUCAGGAGCAACCGAAGACAUACAAUCUUUAACAUUUGAUUCGGUAGCUUUGGAUAUGUUGAAUCCUCAAGUUGCUUUGCCUGUUUUAUUCCCAAAUCUUAAACAGGGUGGUAUAUGUGCUGUAUAUCUAGCAAACAUCACACAGGUUAUUGAACUUUUAGAUGGAAUUCGCAUCUGUGAACUUGCCCUCUCAUGUGAAAAGAUAAGUGAAGUUAUUGUCAGAGAUUGGUUGGUUUGCCUUGCAAGACAGAAAAAUGGAAUUUUAGCUCAAAAAGUAGAACCUAAAAUCAACACAGACUUACAAGCACACUCUCAAGAAAAAAUUAGAAUUGAAGGUGAGAUGUUUCAAUAUGAUGACCAUGAAGAAUCGCAUUCUGAUUUUCCCUAUGGAUCAUUUCCCUAUAUUGCUAGACCUAUACACUGGCAAAUUGGUCAUACAGCUUUUCUUGUCAAGUUGAGGAAGUGCAAACCACAACUUAGCUGAGUACCUCAGAUAACAACUGAUUUGAAGACUUGAAAAGUAUCAAAAUAGAACUUUAUAUUGCAAAUCACUACUUUCAUAGAUUGGUAUUUUUAGCUAUCACUAUGAUUUAUAUAACUUUUACAUGUAACUUUGAAAAGUAAUAAAAGCUGGAGAAACAUGUAACAUUUCAAAACUGCUUAAAUGUCCCAUUUUGACACUCGUCUUGCAGUUUGGCAUUUUGUAGUAAAUGAUUCCAAGUUGGUUUAGUUGAGCCAUUUCAUUCUUCACUUCCUGUAAACCACUCCAUAGAUUUGUCUUUCUUCAUGCAAUUAGUUUUCUUUUCUUUCUUUGAUUGAUGGUCAUUGGCUACCAAAAUAAAAUAUGCAUUUUGAGGUAAA